AGAGCCUCAGUUGUCAGUGGGCAGGAAAAUCUGCGUUUUUCGUUUUUCCUUUGUUUGGUUUUCGUCUUGGGUUCGAGGUUUUCGGUUCCCGUAAAUUCGGUUCAAGUGGGCACGCGUGAGCUUCAGUUGUUUCUCAGUGUGCGACCACCAAAAAAACAAAAACAAACAAACAAACAAGUAUAAAAUUCAAAGCGGAUUGACAAAAGAAACGGAGGUGAACCAAACACCAGCGACAUCUUCAGCAGAGAAAGAGAGAAGUUCUCGAGAUCCAGGGGGAGCCACUGAUACUUGAUUUUCUCCUGCUGAGAAAGUGAAGCGGACAUCCAUCAUCAAAAGUCUUCAUCAUCAUCCUUCACCAAGUAAAAAUUGUACCUGAGAAAGGCAGAAAAGGAAUCCUGUAUCCAAUGUUGGAGGGCGCCAUGAUUGUCAAAGAUGAUGACUGUGACUAUGAUUCCUUGAAUGGGCUACAAGAUUUAGGCCCAUUGCACCAACAGCAGCAGUCUCCUGACCAGAUGGAUGCCAGAUCAGGGUCUCCAGGACCCAUUGCCAACUCACCAACUGCCUCCAUGAACUCUGGCAGUGGUGAGGAGAGCAAGACCAAUCUGAUAGUCAACUACUUGCCUCAGAACAUGAAUCAAGAGACCAUCAGGGCCCUUUUCUCUCAAAUUGGUGAAGUUGAGAGCUGUAAACUCAUCAGGGAUAGGUCACCUGGUUCUGAGUCCCAUGGACAAAGUCUGGGAUAUGGAUUUGUGAACUUCCAUAGGGCUGAAGAUGCUGAAAAGGCCAUCAACCAGUUGAAUGGAGUGAGGAUCCAGAAUAAGAUCAUCAAGGUGUCUUAUGCAAGGCCCAGCAGCGAAACGAUCAAAGGAGCAAAUCUUUACGUUAGUGGAAUGCCAAAAUCGUGGACACAAACCGAACUCGAGUCCCUGUUCGCCCCCUACGGCAAAAUCAUCACUUCGCGGAUCUUGUGCGACAACUUGACCGGCCUCUCCAAGGGAGUCGGUUUCCUGCGCUUCGACCAACGUUGCGAGGCUGAGCUGGCUAUCCAGAAGCUACACGGCACUAUCCCCGACGGUUUCGCAGAGCCCGUGACCGUGAAAUUCGCCAACAACCCGAGCAACAACCCGAAGGCGGCCCUGCCGCUGGCGGCGUACCUGCCGCCUCAGAUGCGCAGGUUCCCCGGCCCGAUUCACCACGCGGCGUCCACUGCUGCGAACCGGUUUCGCGCACCACUAGGAGGGGAUAUUUUGUCAGCAGCAGCAGCCGCAGCAGCAGCGACAUCUAACCCACUUCUGGGCAGCAACGCGGGCAUGAACAACGGCUGGGUGAUCUUCGUGUACAACUUGGCCCCGGAAACCGAGGACAAUAUCCUGUGGCAACUCUUUGGCCCCUUUGGAGCUGUGCAGAAUGUCAAGAUCGUCAGGGAUUUGCAGACAAAUAAGUGCAAAGGUUUUGGAUUCGUCACCAUGCUGAACUAUGAUGAAGCCCUGCUGGCCAUACAAACCCUGAAUGGCUACACUCUGGGCAACAGGGUUCUGCAGGUGUCCUUCAAGACCAACAAGAAGCAAGGAGCCCCUGGGGCUCCUUAAGAAAGAAAAAAAGCAUGAAAAGAAAGGAAGAUACCCAUACUCAAGGGUGCUCUAUAUGCGCAAAAUUAACAUUUUGUUGCCUCCUCCUCUUCUUCUUCUAAAAAAAAAAACUAUGAUUUCCUACCUUCCCUUUAUGUCUGUGUGCUUUACAUGUGGCACAACAAUCACCUUUUGCAUGUCCUUUGAGGGAAAAACAAUUACCAACUUCAGGACAAUCAAACUGAAAGAAGAAUAAUAUUUCUAUGUGGUUCUUGACUGGUGUAGAAAAUUUGGGGGAAAGACUGCCUGGGAAGGUAUAAUUUAUAAAUCCUUUCCAAAUUGUAAUUAUAGACUGGAUUUAAGAUCAGGCCAGUUGAAUUUCAAUCAACAAUAUAAUAUAGAUCAUUGUUACCCAACCUUGUUUGCCCCCAUCAGACUGGCAAAUUUGCAAAAAAUAUUUGGCAGACCUGCAAAGCAUCAUAAAAUGUUUGCAGACUCAAAAAAGUUUUUUUGCAAGACUUUAUGGCAGUUAUUUAAAAUGUUUCUGCAUGUUUGCAAAAACAAAGUGAAUACAAAUGAAGCUGCUAUAUUGGAAUGUCCUCAAAAAUUUAGGAAGGUGGGCUUGAAGAAAGUUUUCCCCUAAAAAAAAAUACAAAAAUAAUUGAUUCCAGCAGUGGAAAUUUUGUCUGAAGUUUUAUUUGGAGGAAAGCCAACUUUUAUUUUUCAUCACAUAAUUUCAAAUGCCAUUGUCUUUCUGAAAUGUAUGUUAAACAUAAUAGACUUCAUUGCUACUUUUGAUAAAUGUAUCAUGCUGAAACAAAUUUCCUGUGGACUUUCAAAAAACCUCUGCAGACCAUGGAUUGGGGAAACACUGAUAUAGAUAGUACUGUAUUGUGAGGAUGUGAAACCUGGAGUUGCUGGGAUCACAUAUGACAUCUGACUACUAAGCAGCCAUAUUAGAUACAUCAGAUUAAUUGAAAGAAAUAUGAGACAAAAGACUUAUGAAGCAGGGGACCAAUUAAUUUUGGGCUGGGACAGUUGAACAGCUUCUUCUUGACAUAUUACACCAUUUGCUCAUGAAUAAUACUGUCAUUUUGCAGAAUGGGACAAGUGCAGAAAAGGGAUUGUGUAGCCACAUGUAGUGUGAAUUUUUCUGGGGAAGAUACAAACCCAGUCAUUGUGGUAUUUCUUUACUUUCAAUGUGUUGAAAACACAUCACAAAAAAAUGGGAUUAUGAUGGGAGAGCUGGAAGAUGAAAAUAUGAUCGUGAAUUGCAGUGCCAUCUGGAAAAAAAAUACAUGACCAAGAGGGGGGUUUCAGAGCUUUGCAUGAACCCCCUUUCUCAAGUCACUCUUUCUUCUCCCCUGCUUUCGAAAUUUCUAUAUAGAUGUCUGAGUUGUUGUUUGCUUCUUGGUGUUUGUGUUCAGGUGCUGUGGGUAUAUACAUUUCUCUGCUUUCUGUUCUUUCAUGGGUGGAAGACAAUAAACAAAAUGCAUGUCUAGAAACUCUUUGAAUCUCCUGUAGAACUUUUUUUCUAAUUCUUCCAUCUUUUUUCACCCCCUGUGAUCAAAAAAAAAAAAGACAAAGAAAGAAAAAGGGGGAAAUGUUUGGGAGUAUAUAUACAGAAAAAAAGAAAAGAAAUGAUGUUGAUCAAGAUGAUCUCAAACUGAUCAAGUGCAAUAGGAAGAUCUCUAAUUGAACAGGAAAAGGCGAGUUUGGGGAGGGCUUUUUUGAGUGAAUGGAUCUCGAUUUUAUGCCAUUGAUUUGAGUCACUUUUAAUCAGUGAAGAAAUGAGUCUAGUCCUGAGUGUGUUGAGUGAUGAGAAGGAUGCGUUUUUUCGGUUCUUCCUCAGUCUCUUCUCUCUCUCUUUCCCACUUUUUUUCUUUUCUCCAAUUUCCCACUAAAAUAAUCAAAUAAAUAAAAUUAUAAUAAAUAUAUUUAGUACAGUAAUUCUCCUGAACUAUAUGCCUCAACAUCAAGUUGCUUUAAAAAGCCUUUGUAUAUCUUAGUGCUGAGUCAAAAAUGAAAUGAAAUACUGCAGUUUUUUUGUGUCAUUUCCAUCCAUUUUCUCCAAAAGGCAGCAAAAAGUUUUAAAAUCAGUUGUUUGCCUUGAACCUUGCCUUUUUUUUAAGGCACAUUAAUGCACUAAUGUUUUUAAAAUUUUAAAUGUAUGCUUAUCACUCCCAAUUUUCUCUCACAAGGCAACAAAAAGUUUUAAAAUCAGUUUUUUGCCUUGAAAAUUGAUUUUGCCUUUUUUAAAGGCACAAUAAUGCACUAUUGUUUUUAAAAUUUUAAAUUUAUGCUAAUCACUCCCAUUUUCUCUUGAAAAAUGCCUAAUUUGAAAUUGGGGACUUAUGACAGUAACUCAAUGACACAUGGCUUAAUUGAGUAACUUGACAUUCAAAGGUUUGUUGGAUGGAUUUAGUGUCAGAAAAUUGUCCUGAAUCAAAUAUUUGAAAACAGCUGGAGAUUAAAAAAAAAAAAGUGGGAAAAAGGGUGAAAGAAGGUGACUGAAAGGAAAGGACCGAGUUUUUUCUCAAUUAUUCCACGGGAUUCAGUGGCAUUCAGCGAUGUUUUUGAUGUUUUCGGCUUUUGAUCACACGUACGUGCAUUCAGUAUAUUCGAAUCAUUUUUAAUCACGAAUUUAGUCGCUUUGUUGUAAAAUCGUAGCACGAGUUGGACUUGUUGCUUGUAGCCAUUUUUUCUCGUCCUGUGGGGGUGGGGGUCAAAAAUUCGGGAUCUGCUGACGGUGGGGUCGAAAACGACAGAGAGAGAGAAAAAAAACCUUGGGGGGCAGCUUUAAGAAAGAAAAAAAAAAUGAAAGAGAGAAAGAGAAAAAAAAACUGUUUUUUCAAUACUCGGAUUCAAUCCUGGCACACGGAAACUUUCGGAGCUUCCUGGCAACACUGGGUGUCGUGGUUUGAGGGGAGACAAGCUUGUUUCGGGGGUGGGUUUAGGAUUUUUCGCCUGCGGGUGGGGUUUUGGGGGUUUAAAAAAAAAAGAAAAACGGAGUAGGACAGGGAAACUCUGGUGGGCAACGAGCUUUCAUAAGGACUGUAGGGAUUUAAAAUAUUAAAAAAGAAGAAGAAGAUCCGGGUUUUAAUUGAGGGGGGGGGGAGUCAAAAAUGGAAUCGUCACGGUUUUGUACGUAUUUUUCAGCGCUGGCGUGACGAGAAAAAGAAGAAGAAAAAAUUUAAUUCGGGAUGAAACAUUUCUUGAAUUCUUUCCGCGAUUUCUUGAAGAAGAAGAACUCGUUCCUGAUCUCGUCCUUCAUCUAACAACUCUUCUUUGUUCAUUCUGGCUUCUUUUUCUCCGAUAUUGAAAAAAAAAGCAUGUGGAUGAUACAAUUGUGUUGACUGAUCUUUUAAAUUUAUUUGUUGUUUUUAUGCAUGCGGAUGAUUCCCUCUCGGAGGAAAAAUACAAGCGUCUCUUUUUUCUAUUCCCAAACAGAA